AUGGGGCUGGCUUUUACCAGAACCACGCUUAUUUUCUGGUACUUUGGGAUCCCUGGAAACACUUGGCUGUCACGGGUUAUAUCUCGCUUGAGUCACAUGAUAUACUUACACAGAAUAUACCCCGAAAGUGUGGAUGGUUUGCAGAUUGUGGAGGUGAGAGUUCCAAACCUUGAAUGUGAAGGAUGUGCUUCCAAGUUGAAGCAAGCUGUCUCCAAACUGAAAGGUGUGGAAGAAGUGGAAGUAGAAAUGGAGAUCCAGAAAAUAAUAGUGAGGGGUUAUGCAUCAAUUAAGGGAGCUGGAAAAGCAGCAGAGCCAUGGCCUUUUACUGGAUACUCUCCCUUUGCGGACUUGGAUUAUCUGCUCUCCCUCAUCUCAUACUCUUCACAUUCCUUUUAAUUUCUAUGGUCACGGUUAAGUCAUAUCAACAUUUUAUAUUGAUUGUUUUUAAGAAAUAAUAAAAAAAAAGUAAUAAGAAUAUAAAAUAUUCACGUGAUGUAACUGUGACCAUAGAAAUAGAAAUUGAUAGGAAGGGUAUGGGAUGGGAGGUCUGGCGUCCACACCUUCUUCCACACCCCGUCGCUUUAUUCCUUCGCCGUGGCAUCCGAUGAGGCCAUUGCAUCACUUUUCAGCGACGACAAUCCGCAUGCUUGCGCAAUCAUGUGAUUAUUUUUUUUAACAUUUUGUUCUUAUUUAAUUUGUUAAUUUUGUACUUGUUUUUUAGUGCUUCUUAUUCUCACACUUUAGUCUGAGUUGUU